AUGUCCGUGCAGAUCUAUUUGUUCGCGACGAUGUACCUGCUCCAUUUGCUUGUGCUGAUAUGUGUCCGUGCAGAUCUAGCUGUUCGUGCGGAUCCCCUUGUUCGUGCACAUAUACCUGUUCUUGCUGUUGCCCGACCCUUCCUCCACGAUUUGCUGGGCGAGGUGGCGGCCGUCAUCGAGGAGUCGUUUCGUGCGCAUCUUCCUGGCGGCAGGGAGGGGCGUCUCUGGGCGGCCCUGUUCUUCGUCUUCAUGAUGGUGGCGAGUUUCGCGCGCUUGGUGAUGAGGCUGUUCGUGCAAAUAUACCUGGUGCAGCUCCUCCUGUUCGUGGAUACCCACCUGUUCGCGCAGCUCCUCCCGAUCAGCUUUUGCGUGCAGAUCUACCUGUCCGUCCCGAUCUACCUGUUCGUGCACAUCUACUUGUCCCUUCACAUCUACAUGUUUUUUCCCCUGAUCUACCCGGUCUACCUGUUCGAGUUGACUUACCUGUCCGUGCAGAUCUACCUGUUCGUCUGGGCACUCCUGUCCGUUCAGAUCUACCUGCUCGCGCAGAGUUUCUUUUUCGCGCAGGUCUACCUGAUCGACCUUUCGUGGUGA